AUGAGUCAGGUACGGAAGUCUGGCUCUAACAACAUCUACGUAUUUUUGCCGCAUCGUAUCUUGGAUCCUGUGCCUGCCGACGUCAAGAUGCGAGUGCACAAAUUUUGGCAGACAACAUACUGGAACAAUCGUCCUGCCUUCAGAUGCUUCAUGGCAGCGCUGACUUUGGCGAUGCGCGGAGAAAAUGCUGCCUCUCUGCUAGGGAAACUUGUCGUGACCGGCCAGGAGUCUGUGCAAGGUAGCCGGAAGGGCAUGCGAGAAGACGUGUACAAGAAACACAUGUCUGUGGAUAAGCUUCCGGAGCACAUGCCCUACGCCAUAGAGACGCACUUGGUGGAACUCCGAGGUUGGAAGCGGUUCGAGUUCAACACGUUGCCAAGGUUCGUGGGUGUCAACGAGGAGACCUUCGACUCCAUGUUUCGACGAUCCUUGGCUGUUCGUUAUAAGGCUCUGUUUAUGGAUCCGGAGUACAUACAACAAAAAAUCCCGGACGCCGAGAGCCAGGGCAUCUUCCCGAAGGACCCGACGCUGAAGGAUUUCCUACGCUCGAAGCCGGCAUGUCUUGUGACUUUACGAACGAUGUGGCAGUUUGCACGCGACCACAGCGCUGCUGAUUGCAGAAACAUCUUGGAAAAUUAUGUAGUCGGUGGCAUGGAUGAAGGCCUUACGGAGAGCUGUGUGCGAGAAUCUUGUGGCCUGAAGGUUAAAAAACAAACAGAGGAUCCACGAGCACUUCAGCUUCGAACUCACAGUACCAAGCCCGCAGAAGGUACUAGCGAUCUCACCCAGGCGGCCGCUGCGAAGGCUGCAACGUUGGUGUUGCAAAAGCAGAGCGAUGAAAUUGUCAGCUGGAUGAUUAGAGCAGCGAAGGACUGGUGUACAGCCUAUCAAAUGAAACAGUGUCAAGGAAAGCAUGCCUGGACUGGAUUCAGUCGUCAAGACGCGGAUCCAGUUCUGAAAGCGCUUUCCGAAAACGAGUUCAUGGUCAAAAGCAACUGGCAUAUCCACAAGCAAGGUCUUACAGACACGUUUCAUCCACGGGUGUCAUCGUCGAAGUCAUGGGAAAAAGUUGUGACUCUCGGCCAUCAUGCUCAGAUGACUUUUCCGGAGCUGUAUGACUGCGAGAGACUACGCCAACGCAUGGUCCUUCAAAAAGGACGUCUUGCUAACAUAGUCGUCUUUCGCAAAGCUCAUCGGACGAGAGUGGAUGAUUUGAAGAAAGCUGCCAAGCAGGGAGAUAAGACAGCUAAAAAAAGUUUGCGUGCGGAGCAAGAAGAGCAAGAUGCAGCUGUUCAAGCGCUUGAUGCACAUUUGGCACGAGAGCGUGACCUCCUGCUGGCGUUGCAGACUUUGUGGGCGCAGGAUGCCGAGGUGCGUGAGCUGGCUGUCCAGUGUUUCUUUCCAUCAGACAUUGCCAGCCUUGCCAUGUUGGCGUGCAGUGGCCAAGGAAGGCUUACGAUUUUUGACGGAUUUGGCUGCAGAGAGUCGGCAACUGUCUUUGCGUACUGGUGGCAAGCCGCAGAGGACAUGUGUUUGAGCAGUCUGUUGGACUUAGUGGCUGAUGUCGAUGCUGUGCGCAAGCAUGUCUCUCUCCACUUCGACGGUGUCCUCUUGUCUGUCGAGCUAGUGGAAGCAGUGGAAAAGCAGCACGAGAACAAAGCUUUUGUUGAUAUCGCUCAGGCUCAGAUUCUGCGGCACACAGGCUUUUGCAUCGUUGUCCGUGAGAAGAAGUUCAAGCCACUGCAGGAGAUGUUGUUUGCAUUUCAAAGUGAGUCUGUGCGUGUGUCGACUAUCGACGCAAGUCUUUGGGAGACACUGCUGCAACCUCGCAACUGCAUAGCAUCUUCUUAUGCCUACCUCACGGAUCAGUGGACAUUCGUAGCAGGGAUCUUGCAGACAGAUGUGCACUUACCUUUCCUUGUUCACGUACACUUGUCCUUCGGCCCGUAUUGCUUCGCUGUCAAAGUGGUUGCAGAUGGGCGGCUGGAGAUCUUCUACGAGUGCAAGGUUUUCGAGCUGACAGUCGAUGCUUUUCGAGACAUGCUCUCUGAAUGUUGCGAAGGAUUCAGCACUGUGUUCUUUUGCGUACAAAGUGCAAAGCCAAUCAUGGCGUCGUCAGAUGAGCAAGUGUUGGAUCUGGUGGCAGGUGGUCCUUUGCCGCAGUGCGAUCUGCUCGGAGGAGCUGAAGACGCCGAGGCCAACGUUGAUGUUGGUGACCAGCUGCGUGACUUGCUCCAAGCCGAGGUGAAGGACCUGCUGAAAUCUUUGGCACGGUUCAACCAGAGUCAGCAGGAUCGGGAAGCGGCUGCAAUAGACGACAUGAACUCCGUGUACAAGCUCUUGACUGUGCGUGGACGGAGCAAUGCGGUGUUAGCGCUGCGUGGCAUCAAGUCAGAAGCGUCCGCCCUCAUCGCCGACGCAUUGGCCUCUUCGUUUUCCAGUUCUCAGCGGUUGCAAGUGUCGCACAUUGCAUGUGACUGUCCUAGUCCUGAGAUGUUAGCUAACCUCAAGACAGUUUGUCCGAAUUUGAAGUCUCUUUCCCUGGACGCAAUGCACAUCGUAAUGGUGUACGAGCAGAAUCAUAACAACAGGAGCACAAAGGGCAGCAGGUGGUUGGCAACCGUGAUGAACAAAUUCAGAAAUGUUAUACCAGAUUGCAGUGCGGAGUCCUGGGGACCUAUGUACACUGGCGUCGAGCAAAUAUCCUACACAGCCGAAGAGAAACGUUUGAGUGGCUUGAUUGUCAACAAAGACAUGUCCGAGAUCGAAGCAAAAGCUGUUCUGGGAGGAAAGGACCCAGAUGUGCCUUAUCGAACAGAAACACAGUUCUUGGAAUCCAUGGCAGCUAUUUGUUCGCUUUUCGCCGAUGAAAUGACCAAGACGACGUUUGCUGGGCCAACGUUACAUCGCUUGUUGGUCAAUCUUACCACUCCGGCCAAGAUUCAAUGGCUCUUCAAUGACACCAGAUAUCGUCAUGCAUGCAAGAUGUCGCAAAUAUGUUUGCUUCCAAGCGGCACUACAUCGAAUGAGUCUUUGCACCAUGAGAUCAACAGCUGGUUCCGCGAGAUUGUUUCCAUGUAUCGGCCAACCCUCGAAAUUAAGCUCAAGUUUUUCCAUUAUGUGAAGCUUAGCAGUCACAAUGCUUCCUUGCAUCACCCAUUACAAAGACAGAACACGCAGAAGCAGAUGGCUCAUCGGAUCAUCGGCAUGGCGGACAUAUGGACGCCGCGCGAUUGGAGGAACUGGUGCAAAGCGCUAGGCGUGGACUCUUCCGAAGGCUUUUGCCAGCGGGAGAAGCAGAUCCAGCAGACCAACGAGAUCGCCGCCCGCUCUGGCGAGAAGGCAGCAGCUCUGUCGGCAUAA